GAGCAGGCGCCGGCGGUGCCCAAAGAGCCAGAAAAGGCACCCGACAAAGUGGAGCCGAGCAAAGAACCUGCCAAAGAAGCCGUCAAAGACCCGGCCAAGGAUGCAGGAGCCGGCAAGAAGACACCGGCGGCGCGGACGGUCAACAUAGAUCAG